GCGCAGCCGCGAAGCAGAGGCUGCCGGGAGCGCGUCCCGGAGACCGGGCAAGCGCGCCGGGCGGAAGUCGGCUGCCCCCUGGGUCCCGGCCUUGCCGCAGGGGAGUCCCGCCGCCCGCGGGUCCCGGAGCCGCCGCACCGGGUCCCGCCUGCCCUCCAGUCUGAUGCCCGCCCAGCCCUCCAACCACCUGGAAUGGAAUGAGCCUAUGCACUCCCUCCGGAUCAGUGUGGGGGGCCUUCCGGUGCUGGCGUCCAUGACCAAGGCAGCAGACCCCCGCUUCCGCCCCCGCUGGAAGGUGAUCCUGCCGUCCUUCGUGGGCGCCGCCGUCCUCUGGUUGCUCUAUUCUCACCGCCCGCCCCCAGGCCGGCCCCCCGCACCCAACGCCCACAACUGGAGGCUCAGCCAGACACCUGCUGACCGGUACAAUGACACCUACCCUCUGUCCGCCCCUCAGAGGACGCCGGGCGGGACUCGGUACCGAAUUGCGGUUAUCGCUGACUUGGACACAGAGUCUAGAGCCCAAGAGGAAAAUACCUGGUUCAGUUACCUGAAGAAGGGCUAUCUGACCCUGUCAGACAGCGGGGACAAGGUGGCCGUGGAAUGGGACAAAGGCCACGGGGUCUUAGAGUCCCACCUUGCUGAAAAGGGGCGGGGCAUGGAGCUGUCUGAGCUGAUCGUCUUCAACGGGAGACUCUACUCUGUGGAUGACCGGACAGGGGUCAUCUAUCAGAUCGAGGGCACCAAGGCCGUGCCGUGGGUGAUCCUGUCUGACGGCGAUGGGACGGUGGGGAAAGGCUUCAAAGCCGAGUGGCUGGCUGUGAAGGACGAGCAUCUGUAUGUGGGCGGCCUGGGCAAGGAGUGGACCACCAGCACGGGGGAAGUGAUGAAUGAAAACCCAGAAUGGGUGAAGGUGGUGGGCUGCAGAGGCAGCGUGGACCACGAGAACUGGGUGUCCAGCUACAACGCUCUGCGGGCCGCCGCUGGGAUCCAGCCUCCAGGCUACCUCAUUCACGAGUCUGCCUGCUGGAGUGACACGCUGCAGCGGUGGUUUUUCCUGCCGCGCCGGGCCAGCCACGAGCGCUACAGCGAGAAGGACGACGAGCACAAGGGCACCAACCUGCUCCUGAGCGCCGCCCAGGACUUUGGCGACAUCUCUGUCAGCCACGUGGGGGAGGUAGUCCCCACACACGGCUUCUCCUCCUUCAAGUUUAUCCCCGACACCGACGACCAGAUCAUUGUGGCCCUCAAGUCUGAGGAGGACGGGGGCCAGAUUGCCACCUACAUCAUGGCCUUCACCCUGGACGGCCGCUUCCUGCUGCCAGAGACCAAGAUCGGAAACGUCAAGUAUGAAGGAAUAGAGUUUAUUUAAAUUGACAAAAUUCAGCCCAGCAAGGCCCAGCAGUGGAUAGUUCUCAGCUCCAUCAGGACUGAAAUUUUAUAAAAACCAGAGGACUGCACUUUUCUGUGGUUUUGGUUUGCUUUUGUUUCCUUUUCGGAACUCUGCAGUGUGUCCCUGGUUCAGGGGUUUCAGCCCCAGGGUUAGGAGGUGGAGCUGGGAGUCUUGGGUCCCCGCCACCCCGGAAGGUCCCCGCCGCGCGCCAACCCGUGCAUCUUGGGCACUGCCAUCUGGUGGUGAGAGCCGGCCCUUGCAGGCGUCCUAAGCUGGGGCCCCUCCUCCGUAACCCGGCCUUGCCCUUCCUGCAUCCGACCUCCCUUUCUCCUCUUUCCAUUUGUUCUUCUGUUCAAUAAAUGUUUCUUGAGCUCCUACUAUGUGUCAAGCACUGUGGGGAUGAAACAACAAGUCCGAAGUGGACCUGCCCUCAGGAGCUCCCAGGCCACCUCCUUUUCUUCCUUCUUCGUGAACCUCGUGCUUUAGAUCCAUUUCCCCAGGUCCUUGGAAAAGAAUCUGUCUACACUGCAGAUGUGUAUGAGUGAGGGCAGGCCUCCAAGGAUGAAUCGCCCUAAAUUCUGCAAGAAAGGACAGAAGCUUGCUCGUUUGUCCUCAGCUUCACAGCAGACCAUCUCCACUUCGUGUGACCAACUCCAUUUUUUUUUUCCCUUCAGGAAAAUUCUGUGGCCGUGCAGCACUUUGAAGUUUCAAUUACUAACUUAAUUAAACCAAUUUCCUUUCUCAGGGUGGAAUCACCAAAUCUGAUCACACAGAGCAAAGUCCCUUAGUUAACAACUUUAUUCCCAGCAGCAGAGGAGAUUGGAAUUAAGUCCUGACAGUGAGUAAGCAAGUUUUUAAGCAUUUCCAAGUCAUUGGUCAAAGGAUGCAAAGGCAAAAUGUUGCUUUUUAUUAGCAACCAUCAGAAAUUGUCAUGCCUUUAAAGACUUCCACAAAUGGUUAUCUUUCACUUCCUGACUCAAGCGGGAGCCUAGGUCCUGCCAUGCCCUCCCUGGGUCUCGGGCACUGGGCUCUGUCCCCAAGAGGUUAUAGGUGACACCUGCCUGGCCCCGUGGCUUCCAUCCCCUGACCUUUUCUGUCUCCCUUUCUUGGGGAGCUUGCAGCCCCUUCUCUGGAAACUUCACACAAACCCUGCUUGGCCUUGUGGCCUCUUCCCUGUGGCCUCUUCUCCAUGCUCCAGAGCAAAGACAGGGAGGUUAGGAUGGUUCAGCCAGGCCUGAAGCCAAGAAGGGCCCUACCGUAAGCUCCCUCACCCCUCAGGAGGAUGUGGGGUGCCGUGAUGGUCUGGGAAGGGCCAUCUUGUAGGCUCUGACGUCACUCACUUUGGACCCCCUGGCUCACAGACUCUAAAACAGCUGCUAGGAAGGAACCCAGCAAGGAUCCCUCCUGCACUGCUGUGUGUUUCUGCCACCAUAAAACAACUGGCAAAAGAACGUGACACGUUUCUUUGGAACUUGGAUCCCACUGGACAUAGCCUGGAAGACCCGAGUCCUUUCUGACUUUGCCUAGCCAGGCCCUCUGACCCACCACCUUGAUAAACAUCACUGGUGUUGGGGCUAUGUGCGUUUUUAAAGCAGAUCCGAAAUUAGGAAGGCGGAAGAACUUGGGACAGUUACUAAGUUGAGACCUUUCUGAUGGCACUUCAGCCACGGCCUAGGUGCCCCGAAGAACAUUUUCACCGUAGUGAUUUUCGACUCUUUAAAGCUAGACAAUUUUUGUUUCUGUAUUUGCUGCUGUAAGCAUAAUGAUUGUGUUCCUUCCAACUGGACCCAUUGUUUUGUAAACAAUAAAGUGCCAGAGGGGACUGUGAGUUCUCUCUGUUUCCUGGUCCA